AUGUCGGAUUCCUCAGAUUUGCCAUCAAUUCCUGCCAGACCGAGACCUCCAGUCGCCUCUGAUAUCCCCAAUAUUCCCAAGCGACCAGAGAGCCGACCAUCAGCAAGCCCUACUCUGUCUGAUUUGUCAAGUACCUCUUCCAAUGCGAUCCCUGUAAUCCCAGUACGGCCACCUUCCAGCUCGAGAUCUGCCAGCGACGAUGCCACCCCUCCCGUUACUGCUUCACCAGUCCCAUCAAUCCCCAAGAGACCAGCUAAAGCUUCUUCAAGACCACCUGCUGAUGAAGUUGAAAGCACAUCUACAAUUACUGAACCCACUGAGGAUGCUGUAGGCGAUGCUGUUGCCCCUGCAAGUACAACCGAACCAAGUGCAUUGCCACAGAUACCUUCUAGACCCUCUAAACAGGCACAACCUGAAGAUGAUAGUAAUAUACUGCGUGAUUCAGGUGCAGAAUUAGAAGCUCCUGUCGUUCCUUCCCGUCCUUCUUUGCAUACUUCACAGCCACCUAACGUUCCAGAUCGGCCGUCUGCCCCGUUAACGACAAGUUCUGAAACCCAAUUCUCUACUACAUCUGAUGCUGUUGAACAGCCUCCUGUCCCUAAUAGACCCAUUGCGACCUCAACUCCAGACUUGCCAGCUAUCCCUUCCAGGCCAAGACCCACCAGCUCGUCAGAUGCAAGCCAGAGCACCGAACGUGCUGUGCCUGCAAUUCCAUCCUCAAGACCCCAAUCUACUUCUAAAAGACCAUCAGAAUCUGCUGAGACUAUUAUUUCAGAUGAUAUUUCGGCUUCUUCUACUGCAUCUGUCUCUGGUGAACUGUCUGAUGUAAAGGAAAAUUUAACGGGUACGAGCCCAGUCGAAGUUCAACCCGCUGAAGCAGAGGAACCCGUAUCUUCCAACAGCUCUUCAGAUUUUACAGAAGCAAAUGCUUCAUUCAUAAAGGAACCACUCUCAGAGAGCGAGCAAACGCUACAGCCAGUAACAGAGCAGCCAUCUACAUCCCCAGUAGAAGCUCUAAAAAAUAUUACCCCGGCUUCAGAAGUUGAUAAUAUUAGGAAUCCAAAGUCAUCAGAUGAUGUUGAUGCUCCUGAUAAAGAUGACAGCCAGAAAAUUCCUGAUUCAGCAGUUGAGAAUACUGUCGUACCAGUGUCGGAAGACACUGAGGUAGCAGGUGAGACAACUCCUUCAGUUAUUGCCGAGGAAAACCAAACUGCUAUUGAAACUAAAGUAGCAGAGCGUGAGAUACUAUCGACAGAUGGCAAAGACAGCAUUUCUGAGAAAGAAAUUCAAGAUAAAGAAACUGUGCUUCCAGUCGAAACCGAACCAAGUCCACAUGCUUCUCCUGUUAUUCCUGCAAGACCAUCUAAGUCUCCUGAGAAGUCUGACAGCCCUUUACUCGCUGCCGACUCAACUAAGGAGAUAUCAGAGACAGCAGAAAAGAGUACAGAGUCAAUUACAACGGAAUCCAUCCCUAAAGCUCCUCCUAGACCCUCGCAGAGACCACAAAGAUCCGAGCAGGCUGUCAAGGCUCCAGCUCCUCCAGCCUCAAAGCCAAAGCCGAUUGUCCCAGCUCGUCCUACUUCAAAAAUAGCCUCGUCUUUUAUUGCAGCGACUUCAGAACAAGUCAGUUCUAAGCCUAAACCCAAGCCACCAGUAGGAUCUAAAAUUGGGUCUCUUCGAGCGUCCCUGUUCAACGAUCUCAACAACAUGAUGGCUAGAGGUCCACCACCACCAGGUGGCUUUCCUAUGAAACCCGUGUCAAGUGAAGAACAAGAAGAUGACGAUAAGAAGCCACAGCAAGAAGAUGCGACUGAAAAAGCUCCUGCUCCAACCAGUACUAAUGAUGCCCGCAAGUCGAGAGCAAAGGGCCCUCGUGGACGUCGUCUGCCUACCAGUGCUAAGAGUGAGUUUACUAUUAUAGUCGACCACGUCUGGGAAUUAGAGCCUAAAGCUAAGUCUGAAGCUAAAACUGAUGAUAUUGAGCUACAAAAGACUACAGAUGGUAUUGAGGAUAACAGCUCGAAGAGCAAUGUUGAGGGUAGUGAAUCCAUCAAUGUUGAUGCCGAACCUGUGGUAGAAGCACUACCUGAAUCCAAUUCUAAGGUAGAGGUAGAACAUGAACAAAAGCGUGGUCCAGAGUCUGAACUUGAGCAUGAGCUAGUACUCGAGUCUCAUGUUGAGCCUGAAGCAGCACUCGAAACAAAAUCGCAAGCUGAGCCUGAGUUUGAUUUCGAGGUUAAGCCAUUGGCCGAACCUGUUUCUACUCGUCCUGUCGAACUACAACAAGAAGUGCAUGAGGUUCCCAAGCAGAUUGAACAGCAGUCUGAGCCCGAGGUCACCAGGAAGCUAGACCUUGAACCAGAACCAGAACAAGCACAAGAAUCGAGUACAGUUACUAGUCACAGUGGUAUAGGCACAGAAGCAUCAGUUGAGGAUGUCAAAUCCGAAUCCAUUAACAUUGCUGGGCAAGAGAGUGUUAAAGAUAUUCAUGCUCUUCUGGAAACUGAGCACAACCAGGACUUAAAGCAGACAGUUGUGGAGCCUGAGAGUAUCAUUCACACAGAAGCCGAUGAUCAACAUUCUAAUCAAGAGAAGCUUGAAGAAGUUGAGGGAGAAGAUGAAUAG